AUGGAUCGAGCCGAUGCGCCGGCGGGGCAUGAGGGCAGGGAUGUCGGCGACUCCACCGUGGGCGGGCCGGCGCGCCUUUCGGCGGAGCGCGGCGCGGGGGGCCGGCGGCCGAGGCCCGCGGGCGCCCAGCGGGGGCCCGCACGCCCUGGUGGCGAAUUACAGGCAGGCAAGCGGGACGAUGUGAGUCAUGUGUUGGCGGGCGGCAGCCCGGCGGGCGAUGAACGCUGGGGACGCGCAUCAGUCAGCCCGCGCACGAGCGCCACAGAUGCCCUUGGGGGAGCGCUUCGAUCGCGCGCUGGCGGCAGCCUGAGGGCGGGCAAGGAGACAACAUCAGGGGAGCGAGGCUGCGGGUGUCCGACGAGUGCAGAAAACGGGUGGACGCAACACUGCCACGUGCCUUGCGCAUUGGGGGAGGGCUGCAAAGGUGGCGAUUUCCAGGACCAACUGCCAGGCAGUGAGCACCCAGGCUUUCACCGUAAAUAUAGUAACAAUGGAAGCAUAGCGAAGAUUCCACACCAACGCCCACUGCCUCAAUGCCGGCGGCUGCCAAAAGCAUUCCACCAUCGCCUACCUUUCUGGGCACGUCCGAAGUUCCGAUUAAGAAGAAUGGCGCCGCGCAAGCUCCAAUUGCCGGAAGAAUUUUGUCAGGCGCACGGCGCCAGGCCGAACGAAGAGUGUGAGAGAGAGGUCUGCUUCGCAGGCUUUCAAUAUGUUCCCCGUAAGAAGAGGAGCAACCUGGGGAUGGUUUUCGUAAGAAUUUGUCCCAGAUUUUCCAUCCGCAACCUACCCAACAUGUACGAAGACUUCAAGAGAGACAGGGAAAACAUGGACAAGAUCAGGCAGCACAAGGAGCGACCCGACUUCGAACUGCAUGGCGCGCAGCGCCGCAAAAAACGCUUCAUCCGCGUCGGGAGCGCCCUUUCCGUUCGCUUCGCCGGGCCGCCUCCCAAGAAGCGCCCCUUCGCGGGGACGAUGCCGGCGCUCGGCCCGCCAUCCCCCGGGCCCCAGAGGCCCCAAGGCACGCCCGCGGCGCGGCCGCCCAACUACACCUGCAUGCGGGAGAUGUUCGCGGGGCGGCAGUUGGUCAGGGCGCCGUCCGCGGCAGGAAGGGCGAGCUGCGAGGCGUUCCAGGCGUUCAAGUGGCAUCGCGGCGAGGCGAACGCGGCUUGUCGCCAGAUCGCGGAAUGCUGCCCCGCCCCAUCUCUCGGAGGAUUCACCUGUGGGCCCGUUCACCGCGCGCUUCUGCCUGAUACCGGGGACGCGUGCGGCGAAUUCUCUCCAUCGGGUCUGCAGUUUAUCCAGGGGCUCGAGCCCGCUCCCGAUUCCGACCGCAACUGGGCGUCCUGCCCGGGCGUCUGCAGCCCGGACGUGCCCAAGACGACGGCGCCCAAGGCGUCCCAGAUCAUCGCCGCGCUGAUGAAGGCCGGCGGCCUGGAGCUGGGCGAGAAGCUGCAGUACAGGACCCGCCAGGGGGCGGUGCUGGCGGAGGGCUGGGCGAUGUGGAGCAGCAUUCUGUGCGCGCGUUGCGGCGGCGUGGUGGGCCCCACGGGCUUCGAGCGCUGCGCGGGCAGCCUGGCGCGCCGGCCCUGCAACCACAUCUUCACGCCGGCCGGGCAGAGCCUGCACAGUUUGUACAGGGGACUGAGCCUGGGGCGGGGGGCGGAGGGCGGGGGCACGUCGGCGGACGAGGACGGCAGCCCGCGCGCGCACGAGGGGCUGGAUGAGGAUUUGGUGGAGUGA